CGGGGCCACGAGCAACUCUCCAGGUCAGUGUGGAUUGCCACUUCGUCCGGGACGGGUUUGUGUUGGUGGUUAGUUUCCCUGUGCGCCAGUGCGUGGCUAUCCGCGACAUUAUUCGUGUUGUAAUCCAAUUUGUGAGUGAGAUUUUAUUUGACAUAACAAAAUGAAGAGAGGACCGUCUAGUGGAUACCUGGGGAUGCUGUUACUGGGUCUCGUUGCAGCAUUACAAGUAACGUCAGGACUGGAGAUCGUGACCAUCGAGGGUCCGGGAGUAGUGAAGAACGGCUCAGUGCCCCAGCUCGUUCUCGACUGCAAGUACGACAUCACAGAGUACGACAAGACAGGUCUGGUGGUCAAGUGGUACUUCAACAGGCAACCAUUUCCCGUGUACCAGUGGAUACCCACCAACGAGCCUCAGGACUUGGGACUCCUGAAGGGUCGUCUCAACUUAGAUUACACGGUGUCUGAGGAGGAGUACACUAAGCACCGAGCUCUGGCUAUCCUCAGGCCAACUACAGAGCUCACCGGGGAGUAUACCUGCUCGAUCUCGUCUUUCGAGAGCGAGGACUUGAAGAGGAAGUCUCUUAUUAUAUACGCACCGCCAGUGGACAUGUCCAUGACAUACUCCAAGCCGAGUGAAGACAGUGUGGUGGUAUCCUGCCGUGCGGGCGGCAUCUAUCCUGAACCCAACAUAGCCAUCUUCAGGAGCACUACAGCAUCCAGGCGGCGGGACGUGAUUGAGGGAGCCAAGAUAGACAGACAGCACUUCCCUGAGAUGGGCUACUACAACAUCAGCAUCGACCUGGAAGUGUUCGACUACGAACUUGACUCGGAGACGAUGUUCCAGUGCGUUCUGACUAUCCCCGGCACCGAGUACAAACUUAACGAAGAAAUUCUCUACUUCCCUGGGCCCCCUACCACCACCACUACCACUACCACCACUACUACCACCACUACCUCCACAACUACCUCACCUCCUGCUACCACUACCUCUCUCCCUCCUGAAGAGGAUGAGGAGGAGGAGGAGGUGGUGGAGGAGGAGGAGGAGGAGGAGGAGGAGGAGGGGGAGGAGGAGGAUGAAGAGGAAGAAGAAUUAGACGCAGAUCAUAAUAUUGGUGACAUUGAAAUUGAAGAAGAGACUGAGGGAACCAAACCUCACGUUGCGGAAAGUGUGUCAGAAGGGCAGCUCCUGCAGGUCUACAGCUUAACGAUCUCCUCACUACUUCUUAUUGUCCUCUAUCACUACUGGCAACACUGAAGGAGAUGAUAUUCCUCUCGACCGUGUACAGCCGUGUCGCACACCAGCCUCCCCGUGUGAUCCGUAUUUUGCAAGUCUCAUGCAAAACAUGCGGAUGAAGAGCAACUUAGAUAUGCAGACUGUCCUGUGCGUGGGAGUGUUGGAACACGGAAGUUUUUACGAUAUAAGACUGCCUUUUUUCUUGUGAGCUUUGAAGAGGGAAGCAUUUAUACACUCGUACGCAUCUACUGCUGGAGUGAGGGAAGUGGGGGACACAACAAGAGAACCUGUGUUUUUCCUCCCAGAAAAGCCACAUGAAUUCUGUCUUUCCCAUUCCUCUGCUACCGAACUCAUUUUCUUCAUCUCUCACGUUAUAUACCCGAUAUACGCGUGAUAUAUCCCCGUGAUUCAUUUCCUCAAGCUUUACUUCUCCUAGAUCCACAACACCAGUGGUCAAGACCAGUGACAAGAUCUUCACCAUCACACAUCGUCAGCCAACCAUUACCGCUUUUAACUUUAUAAAAAGUGCUUAUUUAUUCUACUUACGUAUCAGUUUGUAAUGAUUUAUUUUAAUUUUAGUAACCUAACAGAAAUUUUAGCAGUGAGCUAGAAAUAUUUCCUUUUUAGCUUGUGUAUCUGGUCAUUCUUCUUUCAUCCAGGGACAUAACUGCAACUCUUAUGUCUCUACCCUACGUGUCCAGUCCCAUAGAACUUAGUGGCUAAGUUAUUUUCAUUUACGAGUUAUAUAUGGCUAUUAUUGUUUCCACAAAAUGUAAACAGAAAGCUUUUUUUUAUAGCUAUUCACUAAGACAAGGCUAAAGUUAGUCACGUGCCUAGCAGGAAGUUUAAUUUGAAAACUUUUCUGAUUCACUCUCAGAAUAGACAAAUAUUUUUUUGGCAACGUAUUAAUAAAACCAGACUGGUAAAUAUACUCGCAGACUUGAUAUUUACGUCUAAUAACAUCAGGGAAUGUAAUUGAGCGUUCUUUCACCUCUUUUUUUUCAGAUCUUCUCCCAUCUUCCUCUUCCCUCUUUCCAUUUUCCUCUUCUGUUCCCGUUGUCUUCUGCUGCUCGCAAAAACCAAGGUGACAGCCGCUAAAAAUCUUAGUGUCUGCUCAAUCGUUCCCAUUUUCUGAGCGAUCAAUCUCCCGACGCAAUCACCGAAAAAAAACGGAUGAUGAUGAUACCAGUGUCCAGCCGAUCUAUAAGACUCGACUGAGGAAACGUACGCAGUUAUAUGAAAUAUUUUCAUCGAAUCUGGCUCUGCUUUCCACGUUGGGUGACAGGUAUUACCCACAAGUAUGGUAGUAAGGCACUUGCUGCAGAGUAAAAUCUUUAUUAUAGUCGACGUUUCGCUCAGAAACUAGAGCUUAAUCAAGUCAUGGUAGAGUUUUACCUAGAGCGACAUGUCGAUAAUAAAGUGUCUUUUUUUUACCUUACUUUUUUCCAUGCUAUCGUCCAGUUUUUGUGUUGAGGGUAAUGUACUUAAAUAUACAUUGUGUUCAUCAGCAUUAAUGUACAAAGUGUGUGGUAUGAUUUCAUAUAAACUGAAAAAUCGAAGCUCUUGUUCACACGUGUGUGUUCCAGACAUUAAGGAACUGGAGACAAAUUGCAUUUGCAAUAAGAUUUCACAAGAUUGCAACCAGGUAAACUCCAGAUCGUGAAUUUGCAUGUCUGGAAUCUCUGGACAAAAUUCUUGGCCCUGUUGGUCAAGAACUCCACUGUGUAAAAAAAAAAUAAAGCGGUGAUGCAUUAUUGCAAAGAAGACCCCCAGGCUGGUUGAUGUCGGGUGCAACGAGUGUCGAAGGAGGGAAACCCUCACGGGCGACACACAUUCCGGAGUCGCGCUGGACUUGAGGACCAGUCGGUUCGAAGGGCAUACUGCCGACAGGAAUCAAGACACAUGUAGACCAAGCCUUUCCUGGGACAAUGAACGUUGUUCCAGUAAAGCUCUGUUCUGUUAUGUGUGUGUCUGUCUUUAUUACAGUCUCACGCACUCGCGGCACGCGGGCCCGUUUCGCGGUUGCGCACUUUCGUAGGUCGAAUUCUUACGCAGGUUGCGCUCAGUCACGGGUCAUGCACAGAGAUGGGUCAUUAGAAUAUUGAAGAUUUACUGCACUGGGCCAAAUGACCCAUGCCAUGCAUGGUCAUGAGUGUGAUUGACCCCAAGGGUCACAUACACUCACCUGCCUGUUUGUGUAUGCAGCAUACUGACCUACAACAUCCUCAACAUUACAACCCACAUCGUUCCAUGACUGCUUGAGUGUCUCUUCCCCGGUAAUAUGUAUACUUGAUUACCUCGUGUUCUUUCAUAGCUACGUUGCGUAUUGUCUCAUUCUGUAUGAUUUCUAGUCCUUCUACUAUGUAUGAUAAGUUCGUAAUGAAAGACAAUCAAAGAGCUUUAGAGUAUGUUACAAGCUUGUAAGAUUAUUCUCACAAUCUGUAAGAUUUACUAAAACUUUUCUCAUCUGUCUGGCUCUAAUAGUAAUAAUAAUAAUGCGAUCUGUUUAAGUAUAUUUUUUUUUAAGAAUUUGCUGGCAAAUCAUAUAAAAAAAUUGAGAACUAAAUGAAAGAAUUGUGGUUUAAUAUUCUGCAAGUUGGUCAUAAGAUGUAUUGACAUGUUCACUUAAUUUAAGGUUUAAAUACACUUUGAUGGUGCUAUUAAUUUUAGUUUUGGUUUCAUUUUGUGUGGUAUUGUUUUCUUUGAUUCACGCGAUGAUACACGACUAUCACCACGACCACCACAAUGACCAUCCACUACGACCACCACCACAAUGACUAACCACUACGACCACCACCACAAUAACUGUCUGCUGCGACCACCACCACAAUGACCAUCCACUACGACCAUCACACUGUAGCACCACAAUUACCCCUAACUACAACGACUACAGACACCCGGCCUACCACUACGACCAACCCGCCCACCACCACAACCUCCACAAACGCUAACACAUCCAAAACCUCGACCAUGACUAACACCACCACCAUCAACAUUAACACAACCGCUACCACUAACAUGACCACCACGACCUCCACAGACGCACCACCACCCGCACACUCCCAUCUCUAACUCCAUCACUACCACCAGCGGACGUACAGGCAUGAUGCCCACAGCUAUACAGUUAUGAGGGCAAAAUACAGAACAAGUUUUUAUGGGGACAACGCUUUCCUGAAAUCAGAGGAACAUCAUGACUUAACAAAGCUCUCUUCUGAGUGACAAGUCCGGAUAAAAGCUUGUUCUGUAUACUGUUAUUAUUCCCCAUCACCACCUCGACAAGGGUUAUUUGGGUACAAGUCUCUCAGAGCUUAGUUAACCCCCAGUUAGUUUUCUAGUACAAGGUUAAUUUAAGCUCUGGUUUUUGUACCCUCCAGUUAACUAGACUGCUGAUUGCUUCAUACCAGUUCCAGUCAGGCAUUUUCGUUAUGACAUUUUGUACUUAUUUUUUUAUGCUUUAAGUGUUUUUUUUAUAGAAUGACUGCUAAUCUCGGUGUGUGUGUGUGUGUGUGUGUGUGUGUGUGUGUGUGUGUGUGUGUGUGUGUGUGUGUGUGUGCGUGUGUGUGUGUGUGUGUGUGUGGGGUAUUUGUUUUUUGUGUGCGCCGGGUAAAUCUCCAAGUCUCUCUGAAACGUUGAAGUAACAUUGGUCAUCAAGAUUCUAGUUUAACAACACCGCCUCGGGUGGAAACCAAACGAAGAGCGUCACUUUAGUGUCCACUUGCCUUAAACUUACCGUUGGUUGAUACCAUAUCAAGUGACAUCUGUUGUGUGUCGUAUGAACCAAGCGAUUCAGCUGCUACUACCAUCACCGCUGCUGCUGCUGUCUCCCUACGCUAGCGAUGAUUGGAACACUUAACGCUGGAGUGUUUCCCUAUCUCCCACCCAGAAAAAAAUAUGUACAUAAUAUUGAUGAUGUGUGUAAAGUUUUGUACGUAAAUUGUAAAUACUCUAAAAAAAUUAUAAUGUAUGUGUAUUGAGAUAUUACUAGGCCCACAUCCUUAGCCUCACUAGAAGUGAUAGGCCUUCUAACUCAACCUCAUUAUUAUUAUUAUUGUUAUUCUUAGUUUUUAAGAUUAUACAUAAUAUUGCAAAGACUGAUUAACAACCAAUUUAUUACAAUUUUCACCAAUUCAACAGUCGUUCAAAAAUAUGUCCUAAUUUUCUAGACUGUGAACGGUAUUUUUUUCCUGUUUAACGCUAAGUUUCCCAUUAGAAUCUAUAAAAACAAUUGCAGAUUUUUGCUUUCUUCCAUCAGUUAGCAAGACAUGUUUACGUGUACUAGUCAUUGUGUCAGUACUCUGAGUGAGGAAACAGCGAGCGUCGGCUCACCACGGUCCAGACCCACCUAGUGUAAACAUCACAGCCGUUUAGUGGUCCCGGGUGAUGCGGGUCGCUCGCUUCGUUUAAUUAAGUCGCCUAUUAUUGCUAGUGUACAAGGUGUGUACUAUAUUGUUUGAGAUUAAAAUGUUUAUAAUAAUAA